AUGACCAUCAAGUAUCUCAUCCUGCUCUCGCGCCAGGGCAAAGUGCGCCUGGCCAAGUGGUUCACGACGCUCGCGCCCAAGGACAAGGCCAAGAUCGUCAAGGACGUCUCGCAGCUCGUCCUCGCCCGCCGCACCCGCAUGUGCAAUUUCUUGGAGUACAAAGACACCAAGAUCGUCUACCGCCGCUAUGCCUCGUUGUUCUUCAUCGCCGGCUGCGACUCGACCGACAACGAGCUGAUAACCCUCGAGAUCGUCCACCGCUACGUCGAGCAGAUGGACAAGUACUACGGCAACGUGUGCGAGCUCGACAUCAUCUUCAAUUUCCAAAAGGCCUACUUCAUCCUCGACGAGCUGCUGCUGGCCGGCGAGAUGCAAGAGAGCAGCAAGAAGAACGUCCUGAGGUGCAUAGGCCAGCAGGACAGCCUCGAGGAUAUGGAGUACCUCGAUCUGUGCGCCCUCCACGAGGUGAACCUCGCCCUCAACUUCGACACCCAAGACACAGCCAUAAUCGGCGGCUGUGAUCUCUGGACCGUAAAAGCCGCCGGCAGCGACAAGAAACUCUACAAGCGCAUUGAGAAGACGCUCGAGGAGCGACACAAAGACCUCCUCUCUGCCGUUGCAGACCUCUCCGCCCAGUCCGCCGCGCAGUUCAAAGACGACCUGAAUAUCGCGCGCGACACACCCUUUGGCUCUUUCAACGAUGCCGCCAACCGCCAUACGUUUGCGUACUUGAUCGCGACGCUAAACGCAACACACAUCGACUACGACUUCGCCAACACACUCAACCCCGACGAGUUUCGCUGUGAAACACAAAAAAGCUUCAUGCACAAAGUCGACACCACAAUGUUCUACCUCCGCCCGCAGGUCUACUCGGCCGGCCUACCCCGCGGCGCCAUCACACCCCUCGGAUCCCCCAUCUGGAACCCCCGCUCCUGGGUCCUCCUCGACAGCGAAAUGGACAUGAGCGCAUGCGAGUACUUCGCAUGGGAGCCAAGCGACGACCCAUUUGCCGACGACGGCGCCAUCUGGAGCCACCACUUCUUCCUCUACAACCGCGACCGCAAGCGCGUAGCAUAUUUCUACCUCCGCGGCGUCUCCGCGCUGUCCAACAGCCCCAGCGUAGCCAUGUCGCUCAUGUCCAAAGUCAAGCAGUCGACGCACGAAAGUAGCGCUAAUGCGGGGAGUCGCAAGCGCGCGGAGUACUGGCUGGGCGACAGGGCGCGCAAGGGUCUCGAGGCGUAUGGCGAGAGCGACGAGCUGGAUGAUCUGGUUAUUGAUCACCCUGGGGAUGUCGUCGAGGAACAGCAGUGGCAGAUGGAUCUUAGAGAGGUUAGCGCGGAUAGAGAGUAUUAUGAGAGUGAGGGCGAUAGCGAUGUAGAGAGCUUGGUGGGCAGGCAUAGACGGCGGUCUGUGCGUACGAUGAGCGAGGGGCUUGUCGAGAGGAUGGAGCUUUGAGUUUUGAGUGAUUGGGGUGGUUGUCGUUCAACCCGACGGCGCGACGGAGUUGGCGUAUCCGUUAUGACACAGGUAUUUCUUUCCCGUUUUCCCCCUUUUUGUCCCUGUUUUCCCUACGCCUCGACAUUUCAUUGAAGGCGUUUUCAUGGUUUCUGCUCCUUUACCGUUUUCUGCUUUCCCGCAUACUCAACUCUCGCAUGACGGCAAAAACUCGGACUGGACUGGGGCGUUACGGUCGGUGGGAGCGACGCGUUUCCAAAGAUCGUCUGGGGUUGUCUCCCUUUUUUGCGUCUUGGUCGAGAUAUACCCGUGGUUACUUGCGUGUCUGUUUUUUCUUGUUCUUGUUUGUAUUUAUUUGUAUGGGUUUUUGGAGGGGGG